CAAACAAGUUCUCCGUUUUGGAGGGGCACGAUAUUUUCGUACCCGGGUUUUCCUCGCUUCUUCCGUUAGUCUCGCAGUCGGACUCCGAGCGUUCGAAUCAUUGGUUCGUAGCUCGUCCUUCUUUCCCCCACUAUUAAAGACCACGAGAUCGAUUCUUUUUUUACUAAGCAGAUUCUUCGGCCACGUGGGUGCACUCACAUUGUUAGAUUAGUGUCUGUCGAUGUAUCGUCGAAUUUUUAUUGCUAAAUCAUUUCCACUGAUUCUAAAAAUCACUAGAGUGCUCUCAAUAAUUGGAUAGAAAUCAGUGGAUAAGCGAUUAAAAAAUAUAGAAGAGAAAAAAAGCGGAAGAUUCUUAAGGAUUUGUGAAAUUUCGAUCAGUGCAAAUUCUUCUCUGUAUAGAAAGUUCGAAAGUUUUCGAAAGUGCAGACUGUACAGUGUGAGUGCGACAGACGUUACAGAGUGAGCGUGAUUUCUGUGACACCACGUGAUGCAAUAUAUAUUAAUCACAGCACACACACAUACACAAAAGGAGAAGAAACGACAUAUCAUUUAAAAAAAAAAGUAACAGGAGAGAGAAUAUAAAUAAUACAUAACCGGAAAAAAAUAAAAGAUACAAAUAGACACUAUAAUAAAGUAAAAUCGAGAAAAUUCUCGAAAUAAGAAGAAAAAAAGGAGGAAAGAAGAACAAUAGGCAGUAAAAACAAUAAUAGGCAAUAAAAAAAUUAGAAAAAAAAGGAUAUAAAACUAGAAAAAAUAUAAACAUAAAAGGAACAGAAUAAUAAGAAGACUGUAAUUAAAGAAACUUAAAAGAGAAAUACAGAGACUAUCGUAUGCGUAGAUACGACUGACUUCAGAGUGAGCGAGCAGUGCGGCAGAUCUCAUGCGACGAGCAUAUUCGCAACCAUGUGAAUCGCGAUUACAGCUGAUCGAUCGCAGCAUGUAUGCUCUACAGAAACCGAGAUUUCUCCAGCAUGAUAGCACGUUGUCCACGUGUCAAGUAUGCGAGGAAUUUUUGCAGGGUUACCAUGAGCUCUUACAACGGUAUAUGGACAUCGGAGAGGACAUUGGCGUUCCCGAAGAAUUCACAAAAGGUGAGAUGGUGUCGGGAAUGUGGUGGCGACAUUUAUUAUCCGGUGGGAUAGCUGGUGCAGUAUCACGUACCUGCACUGCUCCCCUUGAUCGCAUCAAGGUCUAUUUGCAGGUCCACGGCACACGACACUGCAAUAUCAUGAGUUGCUUCAGGUACAUGUUGCGCGAGGGUGGCAUUAGCAGCUUAUGGCGCGGCAAUGGCAUUAACGUGCUCAAGAUUGGUCCGGAAACGGCGCUCAAGUUUAUGGCAUACGAACAGGUGAAACGAGCUAUCAAGACGGACGACGCGCAUGAACUCAAACUCUAUGAGAGAUUUUGCGCCGGUUCCAUGGCCGGCGGUAUCAGCCAAUCGGCAAUCUACCCUCUCGAGGUGCUGAAGACGAGACUCGCGCUGCGAAAAACGGGCGAAUUCAACGGUAUGGUCGACGCAGCUAAAAAAAUAUAUAAACAAGGUGGUUUAAAAUCCUUCUAUAGAGGCUACAUACCCAAUUUGAUAGGAAUUCUUCCCUAUGCAGGCAUCGAUUUAGCCGUCUACGAAACCCUGAAAAAUAGUUACCUACGCACACACGACAAGAAAGAACAACCAGCGUUUUGGGUUCUAUUGUUGUGUGGCACAACAUCGAGUACAGCGGGCCAGGUGUGUUCGUAUCCGUUGGCAUUAGUGCGAACGCGCUUGCAAGCCGAAAUCGCGCCAGAACGUUCGCCCGAUACCAUGAUGGGAAUGUUUAGAGACAUUCUGAAACGUGAAGGAAUACGCGGCCUGUAUCGCGGCCUCACACCUAACUUUCUUAAGGUUGCACCUGCUGUAUCUAUCAGUUAUGUAGUAUAUGAGCAUUUCCGGCAGGCGUUGGGAGUUAACAUGACGUGAUGAAUAUGCAUACUAGGAUUAAUUUAAUUAAUUAACUUAUUUUCUCUUUUUCCUUCUCUCUCUCUUUCUCCUCCCUCUCUUUUUGUUCGACAUAAAUAAUCAUCGACAGGCGAAUAUAUGGUCGUUCGAUUAGAUAUGUUCGUUUUAUCUCAAAGAGGAAAAAGAUAAAUAAAGAAAAAAAAACAAUUCUGACAUUUAUUUAUUAUUAUUGCUAACUUGAAAAGUUUCUUUGAUAAAUCGAGCGUUCUUUCGCAGUUUUUUAUGA